AGCAUCGGGUCAUGGAGAGGUGUCCCUAGCUUUACCAACCCAUGCACGCGGAGGUCCCUGCUGUAGUUUCGGUGCAGAACGCUCGUUUAUCCGCUUUUUUGUCUGCGGGAUUGCCGUCCUUAUUCAAGACCAUCAGGUCCGCCAGAACCCGCAGGGGGCCGUGAGAGCACCGGGCCAGCGUGGGCUUCGUACGCAUCGCAGAGAAGAUGAAUAUCCAGGUUCUGCCAGAACACAAGCUCUCGUCGGUGGCCCCGCUGAAACAGUGCAAUGUGGAGAAAAAGGAAGUAGAACUGAUACUGGUGAAGGACCAGAAUGGCGUCCAGUACACCAGUUCCUCCAUCAUUCCCACCCCUGGCCACCACUCUGGUCCUCCCGGAGCCCCCUCUGAGGACGAACGGGAAACUUGGGGCAAGAAAAUAGACUUUCUCCUGUCGGUCAUUGGCUUCGCGGUGGACCUGGCCAACGUUUGGAGAUUUCCUUACUUGUGCUACAAAAACGGAGGAGGUGCCUUUUUGAUCCCCUACAUUCUUUUCUUGGUCAUUGCGGGGAUGCCAUUGUUCUACAUGGAACUUGCUUUGGGCCAGUAUAACAGGGAAGGAGCAGCUACAGUUUGGAAAAUAUGCCCCAUCUUUAAAGGUGUGGGCUACACUGUGAUCCUUAUAGCCCUGUAUGUAGGCUUCUACUACAAUGUCAUCAUUGCCUGGUCCCUGCACUACCUGUUCUCCUCCAUGACCAGCGAGCUGCCGUGGCUUAAAUGUGGCAACAGCUGGAACAGUCAGAACUGCACCGACCCCAAAUCCAUCAACGGAUCUGUCCUUGGCAAUGGAACUUCUUACGCCAAGUACAAGAUCACCCCGGCAGCAGAGUACUAUGAACGGGGUGUGCUGCAUCUCCAUGAGAGUAAAGGUAUCCAUGACCUGGGCCUGCCUCGCUGGGAGUUGACCUUGUGUCUGGUUGUGGUUGUCUUCAUCCUCUACUUCAGCCUGUGGAAAGGUGUCAAGUCCUCAGGGAAGGUGGUGUACAUUACAGCUACUAUGCCCUACGUGGUCCUUUUUGUGUUGCUGAUCCGAGGCAUAACUCUACCAGGGUCCAUGGACGGCAUCAGGGCCUACCUCCACAUUGAUUUCAAGCGUCUCAACAAUCUAGAGGUGUGGAUUGAUGCUGCCACCCAGAUAUUCUACUCACUAGGAGCAGGAUUUGGUGUGCUCAUUGCAUUUGCCAGUUAUAACAAAUUUGACAACAACUGCUACAGGGAUGCUCUCUUGACCAGCACUGUGAAUUGCAUCACCAGUUUCUUCUCAGGGUUUGCAAUCUUCUCUGUGCUCGGAUACAUGGCUUACAAACAUGGGGUUAGAAUAGAAGAUGUGGCAACAGAGGGGGCAGGACUGGUGUUUAUCAUCUACCCUGAGGCAAUUUCUACACUGCCUGGCUCAACAUUUUGGGCUAUUGUGUUCUUCAUCAUGUUGCUGACUCUGGGCAUCGACAGCUCGAUGGGUGGCAUGGAGGCAGUCAUCACUGGCCUGACGGAUGACUUUAAGAUCCUCAAGAGAAACAGGAAACUCUUCACCUUCGCCACAGCCUUUGGAACCUUCCUGGUUGCCCUGCUCUGCAUUACUAAUGGUGGGAUCUACGUGCUGACCUUGUUAGAUAAGUAUGCAGCAGGGACUUCUAUACUUUUUGGUGUGUUGAUCGAGGCCAUUGGAGUAUCGUGGUUUUAUGGUGUGGACCGCUUCAGCGAAGACAUUGAACGGAUGAUGGGCUUUAAGCCAGGACUCUAUUGGAGGCUGUGCUGGAAGUUUGUCAGCCCAGCUUUUCUUCUGUUUGUGGUAAUAGCCAGUACUUUGACAUCAUCAGGGCUAAAGUAUGACGACUACACCUUCCCUAGCUGGUCCAACUUCGUUGGGUGGGGUGUGGCCAUGUCCUCUAUGCUGUUUGUCCCCUUCUACGCUAUGUAUAAAUUCUUCAGCAUACCAGGAACAUUCAGAGAGAGGAUAGCCUAUUGCAUCACUCCAGAACAUGAACAUCAUUUGAUUGCUGACGGAAAUAUACGGCAAUUCACACUCAGGCAUUGGUUGGCCAUCUGAUGAAUGGAAAUACCCAGAACUCCCUCAUCCAUCCUUACAUCUGGUGUUUGGAUUUCCUGUGCGCCGCCAGUUGUAGGACAGAGCAACAGGCUCCAACCUCUCUCAGCAGCCCUCCUCUCCUGUGCAUUAAUCAACCAAGGCCUUUGUUGUCAACAGCGUAUUCAAGCACUUUGAUUUCAGAGUUAUGCCUGGUAAUAUUUUGAAAGCAUUCUCCAGCUUUGGCUCAUAAGGGGGGGGGGCUCCCCAUGGGGAAAAUCUACUGUUAUUUGACCAUGGAUAUCAUUAUGGUUUUUUAUAUUCUAUUUUAACUAUUAUUAUUAUUAUUCUAUUUAAUUUCUAUAGUUUUUGAUGUGACUUUUAUCUCCUAGAAGGGAUAGAAACUAAAAUAAAAACCAAAACAAUCCCACAUCCCUGUGUAUUGCUAUACAGGAGACCAAAAUAUUUUAAACUU